AUGGGAAAGGGCUACAAGGUGGUGGUUUGUGGAAUGGCCUCAGUGGGAAAGACUGCGAUUUUGGAGCAGCUUCUCUAUGGAAAGCAUACUGUUGGCUUAGAAGAGGGUGCCACAAUGGAAGAUGUGUAUUUGGCAUCGGUGGAGACAGACCGAGGCGUGAAGGAGCAGUUGCGGCUCUAUGACACCAGGGGUCUGCAGGAGGGCGUGGAAUUGCCCAAGCACUAUUUCUCUGUGGCUGAUGGCUUCGUCCUGGUGUACGCUGUGACCAGCCUCGAAGCGUUCCAAAGAGUCGAACUGCUCAAAAAGGAGAUCGACGUCUUCAGGGACAAAAAGGAGGUUGCAGUUAUUGUCUUGGGAAACAAAACUGACCUCCUGGACCAAAGGCAAGUCGAAACAGAAGCAGCUCAGCAAUGGGCAAGGGCCGAGAAAGUGAGACUGUGGGAAGUGACUGUGACAGAUCGGAAAACACUGCUUGAACCCUUCACCUUCUUAGCUAGCAAGCUGUCCCAGUCCCAGAACAAAUCAACAUUUCCCUUGCCUGGAAGGAAGAGCAAAGGGAAUAACUGUGAAAACUAG